CACCCCAGUUGGGCUUAAAUGUGACAUCCCUGCCUGCCUGAGGGAGGAAUGAUGAGCAGGGGCUAUAACUGCAGAUAAGCAACAACUGGAAGGCACAAACUUCUGUCAAGUCCCAGGUCUGCACAAUAUCCAAGCCUCAGCAAUGGCAUUGUCACUGGAAGAAUUUAUCCACACCCUUGACCUCAGGACCCUCCCUAGGGUCCUAGAAAUCCAAUCAGGCAUCUAUUUUGAAGGUUCUAUCUAUGAAAUGUUUGGAAAUGAAUGCUGUUUGUCAACAGGAGAAGUGAUUAAAAUUACUGGUCUCAAAAUUAAGAAAAUCAUAGCUGAAAUUUGUGAGCACAUUGAAGGUUGUGAGUCUCCACAACCAUUUGAACUGCCGAUGAAUUUUCCAGGUCUUUUCAAGAUUGUGGCUGAUAAAACUCCAUACCUUACCAUGGAAGAAAUUACAAGGACCACCCACAUUGGAUCAAGUAGACUGGGGCAUCCUUGCUUCUAUCAUCAGAAGGAUAUAAAAGUAGAGAAUCUCAUUGUAAAGCAGGGUGAGCAAAUCAUGCUCAACUCAGUUGAAGAGAUAGAUGGAGAAAUAUUGGUGAACUGUGGAGUGGUAAGGAAUCAUCAAAACCACUCAUUUACUUUGCCUUUGUCACAAGAAGGAGAAUUCUAUGAGUGUGAAGAUGAACAUAUUUAUACCCUAAAGGAGAUUGUCGAAUGGAAGAUCCCCAAGAACCGAACACGAACUGUGAAACUUACAGAUUUUUCAAACAAGUGGGAUUUAAAGAAUCCCUUCCCUAAAGGCUUUUAUGGUGCCCUGAUUCUCAAGCCUGUUUAUGAAAUUCAAGGUGUGAUGAAAUUCCGAAAGGAUAUAGUCCGCAUCCUUCCCAGUUUAGAUGUUGAAGUUAAAGACAUUACUGAUAGUUAUGAUGCCAACUGGUUUCUUCAGCUGUUAUCUAUACAAGAUCUUUCUGAAAUGACUGAUAAAGAGUUCCCCAUAGUGGCUGAAGUCAUAGAAGCGCCUCAAGGAAACCAACUACCCAGAAGCAUUUUACAGCCUGGCAAAACCAUUGUGAUUCACAAAAAGUACCAGGCAUCAAGGAUCUUAGCUUCAGAAAUUAGAAGCAAUUUUCCUAAAAGACACUUCUUAAUCCCCACUAGCUAUAAAGGCAAAUUCAAGCGGCGACCUCGGGAAUUUCCAACAGCCUAUGACCUUGAGAUAGCAAAGAGUGAAAAGGAACAUCUCCACGUGGUGGCCACCAAAGCCUUUCAUUCCCCUCAUGAUGAGUUGUCAUCCGUAUCUGUUGGAGACCAGUUUCUAGUGCAUCACUCACAGACGACGGAAAUCCUCUGUGAGGGAAUCAAAAAAGUGGUUAAUGUUCUGGCCUGUAAAAAAAUCCUCAAAAAGUCCUAUGAGGCAGCACUGCUCCCUUUGUACAUGGAAGGAGGCUUUGUAGAGGUGAUUCAUGAUAAGAAACAGUACCAGAUUUCCGAACUUUGUGCACAGUUCCACUUGCCCUUCAAUGUGAAGGUAUCCGUGAGAGAUCUUUCCAUUGCAGAAGACAUUUUGGCGGCUACACCAGGACUACAGUUGGAAGAAGCUAUCACAGACUCUUAUCUCCUCAUAAGUGACUUUGCCAACCCCAAGGAGUGUUGGGAAAUUCCUGUUGGCCGCUUUAAUAUGACUGUUCAGUCAGUUAGUAAUUUGUCUCAAGAUACACCAUCAUUUCUAGUCAGGACUCUGAUCGAAGAGAUCACUGAAGAGCAAUAUUACAUGAUGCGGAGAUAUGAAAGCUCAUUCUUGCACCCUCCACCCCGCCCUCCCAAACAUCCCUCAGUAGAGGAAACAAAGUUAACUUUGCUAAAGUUAGCAGGAAAAAGGACAGUGGGUCUGCCUAAGUCUCCCAAGAGCCUCCAUGUAGACAUAUCCAAGAAACUUCACUCAACUCAAGCCGACCCGGAGUCAAAAGCACCAGCUGAUUGUCAAAAUGAUUUGGCUGAUCUGGAGAAAGAGAGAAGUACGAGUGGGGCGACUGCGGUAUCAGGUACCGAUGGAACCACAGAAAUUUUCAAAAAUGAAAAACAUCAAAAAUAAUGAGAUGUGAAUAAAUCCACGUGGGUAGUGAAGAUAAAUGUUGCAAUGGAAAAGUAAGCCUAACUUUCUAACUGAAAAACAACUAUUUUCCCAGCAACCUCCAGAAGAAAACUACUGGCACCUGCAAUAGAGAAAACAACCUUAUGAAUUUUAACAGAUAAAAUUUAAAGAGAAACUUAUGAUACAGAAUUUACAUAGUCUAUUCUGUUGUGCCAAAAUCUUCAUGUAUUGUUUCAUUGUUACUUAGGACAUAGAUAUUUAAUAUUCACAUGUUCAUGGUUCUUAUUUCCACAACCAACAGUUAAGCAAUUGAAGAAUAACUUUAUAUUUUGGUUUUUGAACAAAGCCAGUACAAAAUAGGAAGACAGCUCACCAAAUAUUAUCUUAUUUUUUCAGAAUUUGUUUUGCCAUUUUUCUGGUGUUAUCAUCAUUCCCGUUAAAAAUAACUUUUAAAAAAUUAUAUCAGAGAGUGAUUUAAAACAACCAGGUUUCUUAUCUGAUUCCCUCGGAGCUGUAGAAAUAAAUUUUACUUCAUGUUUUCAGUUUAUUUUAGAAAUACACUAUAAAUAAGUGUGUUUGAGGCUUAACAGCCAAAACCAUGGUGAGUCAUGGGAAUUUUACUGUAACUUACUCCUCUCAUCCCUAACAAGCAGAGUUCAUGACUACAAUAUCAUCAGAGAUCUUAUAAUAUGCCUUAUUAUUUUAUGUACUGUAUACCAGAUAACCUUUUAGAUGAAUGUUUAUUAGGAUUGUAGGAAAAUCAUUUUCUUUAUGUGUCAUUAUGUAUUAAGUAUAUGAAGAUGAUAUUCUUUUGCCUCUAACAAAAUGAAGAUAGAGAGUUUUCUCAUUAAAGUUAUACAGGAAUUUAAUGGAAAGCUUUGGUUUUGUUCAUGGGUCAUACUCUACAAACACUGUUAACUAAUCUCCUAUCUCAUAAUUAUUUUACUUUAUAUAUAGGAAUUAUUCAUUGGUUUAAUAUCAAAGAGUUUCUAAUAACAAAUUAUAAGACAACUUUUCAACAGAAAAAUAUUACAGUUAAAAAUUUUUUACACAAUUUUUAUAUAUACUUGUGCUCUACUUAACAAUGUUUCAGACAAAGAUGGACCUCAUGUAUAAUGGUGGUCCUUAAGAUUAUAAUGGAGCCAAAAAUUCCUAUUACCUAGUGAUACUGUAGCCAUCAUAACAUCUUAGCACAAAUGUUGCAAAAAUCAACAAGGCUGUGGUUAGGAUGACAAACAACUUUAACCUGAGUGUGAAUGAGGGUGACAUCGAAGAGCUCCUAGAGGUGGUUUCUUAGCAAUUGACUAAUGAGAUAUCAGACCUAGAAUAGAAACACAUAGCUGAAGAAGAGGCAAAAGAAGGGAAAAUACAGGAAAAGAACAAGAACCCUAACUAAUUUCCUGGACCCAAACACCAAAAGA